CGGGAAGCCGAUUUGUUGUGCCACGCGUCGCCAUGGUUAAAUUGAUCGCGGCCUUACCUCACCGCCGCUUCAAUGUUGUUGCCGCUAUUUUGUUGCACUAAGAGACUCACGAACUUGACGAAAAAAGACAAUGGGACAGUUUGGAACAAUUCAAUAAACGAUGGCAAUUUAAGUCGAAUCGACUUUGGUGACACAGUUCCAAAAUCAAUUGAUCGCGAUGACGUUAGCGCUGACGAGGAUAGAUUACGCGACAGUGGGAGUCACCUCACGUGGCACAACAAUCAUAUUUCCGCCUAAUGAAGUGACGAAACAACCGCAAAAGUUCGCAGUUGCCGAUCACGACGGUGUGCUGCACAUUUAUGGCAUGAAAAAGGGAGAGCUGCAAUUAUCAUUUAAAUCUUUGCCCGGUCCAAAAAUCGAGAAAAUGGUCCUUGGUGGCUCAAUAGGUAUGGUGAGGGAUAAGAUUUUCCUUGCGUACAACAGCUCCGUGAAGGGAUUCACGAGAAAGGGCAAGCUGUUCUUAGAGUUCGAUACCAGCCUUAUAGAUCCGAUUUCCGCGAUGUAUGUCCUUGGUCCUGAUCUCGCGGCGUGCGCGCGUGAUCUUUAUCACCGAUACAAAGACUGCAAGGACGCCGAUUCGUAUCUGGCCGGCGAAACCCUGCAUGAUGUUGUGCUCUUGCCCGGGGAUGGCAACGUGGUGUACGCCAUUCUAGCCUGUGCGGAUUGCGCGGUGCGCGUUUUACAUGGCACAAGAAGUCCAACAGUCCUAAGAUUACCGAGUAUUCCUACGGUGCUUUCCGUAUACAGAGAAGGAGAGAUCUACUCGAGAGAUCGCGUUUUGGUUGGUACUGCGGACGGUAGAGUCGGACUAUUGAUCCUUCAGGGCAACAAAACGCUUCGGAAUACCUGGCUGCUGACUUCGACAGGCUCGGGAAUCACUUCGUUGGAUACUCAUCAGUUACAGGAUGGUAUAGACAUCCUCGUCGGUCGACAAGACGGAGUCGUCGAGGUAUACAUGUUUCCCGACGAGGACAUAUCGCCCACUUUGCGUUUUCAUUAUAACGCCGGCGAGAGCAUCAGUACAGUCGUAGGUGGGAUAAUCGGCGUCGCCAAUUAUCCGGAAGUUCUCGUCACGACUUACUCGGGUAGAGUGUUUGGCUUGACUACCAGUCCUCCUGGUCUACUGGAAGCAGGGCAGAGUGACGUCGGAUUGGCCAGACUGAAGCUGGAGAUACAGCAACUGCAGGAGAAGCUCAAUGAGGAGAAGGAGUCGGCCAAUUUCAUGCCAGAUCCUUUGGCACCCUCGAUACUAGCAGUGAAUCAUAAAAUGGUGCUGCAUAAAGAAGACGCUUCGUAUUCCCUGUCCGUGGAACUGGACGCAUCAAUCGAUAAUAUUCUGAUACAAUCCGACACGCCCAUCAACUUACUGGAGACGGAGAACAAUAGCGCGGUGGUCAGCUUGUCCGCUUGCGAUCCUAAAGAGGGCAAUUUUGUCCUUGCUACUUAUCGAUGCCAAAUCAAUACGAACCGUCUAGAAAUACGACUGAGGUCCAUCGAGGGUCAGCCGGGCACCUUGCAAGUCUACGUGACAUCCCAGGUACAGCCGAAGCGCUGCCGUAAAAUCUCAGUUCCUAUUUACGCCUUAUCUCUACAUGUCAGACAACACGAGGAUGAUAAUACUGCGUCCAACGGUCCAUUUAACGAAUUGAAAUUAAACGGCAAUUUUACUAUUGCUGAGAUGCACGCGUGGCUGUCUUUAGCAUUACCAGACGUACCCGAAAGGCCUCAUGUUCACGAGGGUGAAGCUGUUUUAGUAUACGUCUCGUCCUUCAUCGGAACAAUCCUCAAAUGCAAAUAUAAGAAAGGUAGUGCGCUUUUUCUCGGCGAAAACAUAUCUAGCAUCAUAAUUCUCAGAGACAUCUUGACGAAGGAAGCGACGAAACGAAAGAUAAAACUAGACGUAUUUUGUGAGGUAGCGGAAGGGAGCAUAUCUAGAGUCUUGGAGUUAAUUCUCCCGCGAUUAAACGCAGCCUACGAUUUAAUUCAAAAGAUAAAGAUUCUAGACGCUCUCGAGGAGUUAGAGCUUCAGUCUAAUCCAAAAGAGAAUUUGUGUACCGAGUAUCAAGAGUUGUUAGAAAAGGAGACAGAGAUCAGAUCGCUCAUGGCGAAGGAUCCGGAGAUUCUGAACAGGCUGCACGCUAUCGUCACCGACUUAUACGUAGAUUGGGAACGAGCAAAGCGAUCUCGAAGGAUCAGUGGCAAAGAGGCUACAGUGAAACUCAAAGAUGUCCUUGAAUCUAGGGACUUGGCUACUAUUUUGCACAUUUUUACCGGUAAAACCGACGUAAGCGGACCGUCUCUAAUACCCGCUGCUAUUUAAACGUUCGGAGAUUGCGAAUGAAGUGGACCAAUGUAUUUCUAUAAACAUGUUCAAGUAAAAAAUAUAUUUUUUAACGUUGAUUCACAA